AGUGUAACUCAAGCCUUCACACCAUUUUCCAUUUUCAGCAUUCAUUGGCACAACGUGGUGUGCCUCAAUGGGAAAACAUUCUCUGCUAAACGCGAUUUUGCGUUUUGGGCUUGUCAUCACCUUCUGUUAUGCUGUUGCUGCUGCAGCAACAACUGAAGUUUCAGGGACUGAAGUUAACACAAAUGGGAAGCUUGAAAGUGAAGAGCUGACAAAAACAACCCUAAAUGAAAACUAUGAAGAGGAAAAGUUCUUUUUUCACCAUCACAAACCAUUAUUCAAGAAACCUUUCUUUAAACCUGUUCCAAAACCAAUUCCAUUUGUAAAACCCAUUCCGGUUUACAAGCCUUACCCUAAACCAGUUCCAGUUCCGGUUUACAAGCCUAAACCAGUUCCGGUUCCUGUUUUCAAGCCUCAUCCUAAACCAGUUCCUGUUUACAAGCCUAAACCAGUUCCAGUUCCGGUUUACAAGCCUAAACCUGUUCCAGUUCCGGUUUACAAGCCUAAACCUGUUCCAGUUCCGGUUUACAAGCCUAAACCUGUUCCAGUUUACAAGCCUAAACCAGUUCCGGUUCCUGUUUUCAAACCUCAUCCUAAACCAGUUCCAGUUUACAAGCCUAAACCAGUUCCGGUUCCGGUUUACAAGCCUCAUCCUAAACCAGUUCCGGUUUACAAGCCUAAACCAGUCCCAGUUCCGGUUUACAAGCCUAUUCCAAAGCCGGUUUAUAAGCCAAUUCCAAAACCUUUUGUUAAGCCAAUUCCAGUUUUCAAACCAGUUCCAGUUCCAACACCAUUUCCAGUGAUUAAGCCAAUUCCAAAACCUGUACCUUUUUAUAAGCCAAUUCCUGUUUUCAAGCCAGUUCCAACACCAUUUCCUAUCAUCAAGCCUGUGCCAAAACCAGUUCCUUUUGUUAAACCUAUUCCUAUUUUUAAACCCAUACCUAAACCAAUUCCGUUUUUCAAACCUAUUCCGAUACACUUCCCUUGAAAACCAUAGUCACGAUUCUUUAUGCCUUCAAAAGCCCUAGUUUAUAAGUUUCCACUUCACCCCAAAAUUGAGAAACCACACCACAUAAGAUUAUAGAAUCUUAAUUCUAUGAAACAAUGUCAUGGUUAGAAAAUGUUAUCCAUUCUAUUAUUUGCAUUAUGGUCACGCCUGUUCUAAGAAAUCAAUGGCGUUUCUGUAUAAACCCUAUCCCACCCAUGUUGUGCAGUGUGCUAUGCAGUAAAUGCAUUUGUUUCAAUAAUGUUGUAUAUCAGUUAUGUGUAUUAUUCCAAGAAUAGAAAUAACAUGUUUCUCUAUUUUUGGCUUAAA